GUCUCAGUGCGCCUGAGGUAGCUGUUCUGAGCGUCACCUCUCCCUCUUCUCUUUCGAUUUUGGAGUGAAAAUGGAGAAACACUGCACGGGCUCACAAGUCAAAGGAGUCAGCACAGGGACCACCAUCCUGGCUGCCACUUUUAAUGGAGGGGUCGUGAUUGGUUCAGAUUCCAGGGCUUCCAUUGGAGGUGAAUAUGUAUCAUCUAAGACAAUCAACAAGGUGAUUCAGGUUCAUGACCGGAUCUUCUGCUGCAUUGCUGGCUCACUUGCAGAUGCUCAGGCCGUCACUAAGGCUGCAAAGUUCCACCUGUCCUUCCACAGUGUCCAGAUGGAGACUUCUCCACUGGUAAUAGCAGCAGCAUCUGUGCUGAAAGAACUGUGUUACAAUAACAAAGACGAGCUGCAGGCUGGCUUCAUCACAGCUGGCUGGGACAGGAAGAAAGGACCACAGGUUUAUGUUGUGUCUCUAGGUGGAAUGUUAGUCGGACAGCCGGUUACCAUCGGUGGCUCAGGCAGCACUUACAUCUACGGCUACGUUGACGCUAAAUACAAACCCAACAUGAGCAGAGAGGAAUGCCUACAGUUUGCCACUAAUGCUCUUGCUCUGGCCAUGGGUAGAGACAACGUCAGCGGAGGCGUGGCUCAUCUGGUGGUGAUCACAGAAACUGGGGUGGAGCAUGUAGUUGUACCUGGUGACAAGCUGCCAAAGUUUCAUGAUGAGUGACCACCUUUAAGCUACCAAUAAAAUUUGAUUUUUUUUUCCAAUAUGGAGUAGUUCUUGAAAACCAUAAACCACAGUUUCAUCACAUAUUUGCUCUGUAGAACUGGGAUGUAACAAAAUAUACAUGCACUCAUCUGAAGAAUAAAUCAGACACAUGAAAAUGAGUUAUUUUGCUGCCAAUGAAAAACUUUGACUAAACUGUUGAGUGCUUCUUAUUAUGGUAAGAUGCACACUAUUUUCCAAAAUUCCACUCUUGACUAUUGAAAUGUAAGUAUAUCCAUCUUAAAGCAAUGUCUCUUUUUGUUUUUUAAUGUGUCAAAACUACAUGUUUUAUGCAGUUUUUUUAAUAUAAUUUGUGGAAAUAUGUUAAAUAAAAAAACCAAAAAAAAACCUAA